UCAUAAAAUCAUUUAAAGAAAAGUUUUAAGUAAAAAAAAAUCUAUAUAUAAGAAACAAAAUGAAGACAAAGACUACGCUGACGUUUAUUGUCUACUUUAUUGUUCUUUCUAUCGGAAAAAUAAAAUUAAUGCAUACACAACAACCCGUAACGUUAUCCUUAAACGCAGAUACAUUUGAAGAAUUUCGUAAACGUUAUUUAACGCCUACGGCCAUCGCCAAUACGCAGAAUUGUUCAUUGAAUGCUUGUGAAGCUUUAAAAAUAAUCUCACAAUUAUUUCUAUUGAUGAAAGCAUCACUGAGCGGCGAAGCUGUAAUAGUGAACACUGCGAAAAGUCGAUCAAUUGCGAAAGAAAACAAAACAGAUUUCAAAAUGUCAUCUUCCACCCCAAAUGAUAUUGACGAGAAUAAUGGCAGCCGCUUGUAUAAAAUGGUUCGUCAAAUUGAAAGUCGUUUACGAUCGGUUGAGCAGCCCGUAUGGCAUUUAGUACUCGGUAGUCAAAAAGAAUGGAAUCAUUGCACGUCCGGCGUAUGUCGUUGCAAUCCGGAUACGAAAAGUUUCACUUGUUGGAAUAAAAAUUUACAAACAGUCCCAGUUAUGCAAAUUAUCCCCCUUAAUAUGGUAACAAUAGAUAUUUCACGCAAUUCUUUAUCUACCUUGCAUAAGGAUACAUUUCGUGGCUUGACACUAUUGGAAGAUUUAGAUUUGUCCAACAAUCAAUUGGAUUUCCUGCCUUUUGAUAUAUUCAACGAUUUGGACAGUUUAACGCAGCUGCGUCUACAAUAUAAUCAUUUAGAGGAUUUAGAUUAUCGUAUCUUUUGGAAAUUACGUCAUUUAAAUUUGCUCGAUCUCAGUAAGAAUCGUUUGACUCACGUUCAUCAGGGUCUUUUCAAUCAUUGUCAACGCUUAACUGUUGUUAAUCUAAGCGACAAUAAAAUUAAAAUCUUUCCGUCCGAAUUAGUUAAGGAUUUAUUAGCCUUAGAAGAAUUGGAUAUGUCGAAAAACGAAGUACAAAAUUUACGAUCAGGAAGUAUGGUAUACUUGGAGAAAUUAAUAGUUUUAGACUUUUCAUGGAAUGCUAUAGCAUCAAUUUCAGAUGAUUUCUUUUCGGGUCUGAAAAGUUUACGCACUUUAAUCUUACAUAAUAAUCGCAUAAUUGCAAUUUCUGGAGUGAUAUUUGAGAAAUUGCUCCUGUUGGAAACUUUGGACUUAACCCUGAAUCGUAUAACACAGAUAGAUGCUCACGCAUUCGCCGAACUGACAAACUUAAAAGAACUUUUUUUGGGUCAAAAUUCUUUGUCGCAUAUACCGGACGGUUUAUUCCUGAAUUCGAAAUCUAUUACAAGGUUAACAAUUUUUUCGAACAAUCUUACCACCUUGGAGGCAAACGACUUCGAGGGUCUUAUUAAUCUCAAGCAUUUAAUGUUAAACAACAACAAUUUAAAAUAUUUUAAUUCGCGCGUUUUCUCUCCAAUGAAAAAUUUGGAAAAACUGCGCAUUGAUUCUAACAAAUUACAAUAUCUGCCGCGCAGUGCGUUUGUAGAUCUUAUAAAGUUGGUGGCCGUUAAAUUGGAUAAGAAUCCUUGGCAUUGCGAUUGUCGUGCCUUAUAUUUGGCUCGUUGGAUACGGGAAUUUUCAACGAAAUUAUGGGACGGUCAACCUAAAUGUCGCGGUCCUGGUGAUUUGGGCGGCCAAGAAGUGGGCCUGCUGCGUUACGAUGAUCUUUGUGACGGUCAGUGGGCCAGUAUGCUUUCAUUGUCGCCACGUUUGCCAGUGCGCAAAAAUCGCAUAUCAACUCCUAUGAAUUAUACGGCAUAUUUUAAUUUAUAUUUAAAACAUAUUUAUACAGAAGCUCCUGAUGAUGUUGGCGACGAUGUCGAUAAGGGUACCACAGAAAGCAUUAUCAGAUUCUGAGAAAGUUAUUUUUGGUAUGAUCGUGAUCACAGUUUUUACCGAUAAAGUAAGUAGAAAUUUCUCGUCAUUGCAAUUUUAUCCAUAACUGUAGAAUUCAUAUAUUGAGUUCCAUACAUCGAAGGUUGAUUACCAUAUUAAAAUUGGAUUUUGGAGAUAAUAUCUGCGGCGAUAUAAAGUUGAUUACCAAAAUAUUUGCAUUUCGAUAAAGAACACGGAAUGGCUUACGCAAUUGAAACAACCGUCCACGUUGCUCUUCCCCUUCCCAUACUAACAUUUCAAUAAAUCGCUCAGGAUCUAACUAAAAAAAAAAAAAAACAAGUUGAUAAUACGAAGCUAUUCCUAUCCCAUCCUCUUGUCAUAAAGAAUCUACAAUGACAGCGCGUUAGCAAUUUCUUGUAACAACUUUGGCAACCUUGAGUAACGACAAAGGCUAGAUUCCUUAACUAAUUAUCAUAUAUUUAUUGUAAUUCACUUAUUUUAAAAUAUAUUUUGAAUAGAAAUAAGAUAACAAAUAUUUUUUCUAUAGCUUUACUUAACGUAGAAUCUCAUGCCUUGUAUAUUGUAGU